AGUUGUCUGCCUGGGCCUAGGUGAACCCCUUCUUGUUUUUGGUUGCUUCUGCUUCAACCCGGGUUCGCGUUUUUGACUGCGUUUUGACGGUGAACAAGCCACACUUGCCACAGUCCAGAUACGCAUCACGUGAUAGAGCUAUCUUACCCCCCCUGAAGGCCCGCCUGUGAUGUUCGCCCGGGCCAAGCUGGGCCUUGGACCAAUUGUUCUGACGCCCUGACGCAGCAGCCUUCCGUGGACGACUGCACUUCUUCUUCGACAACCGACCAGCCUUUCCCAUCAUCAAACUCCGACCAAAACCACCCACCUUUAGCCACUUGCACUUUUCUCCACUUGCAUCAACUGCAGCCAUUCGCAUCUGACUCCACCACAUCCUCGACACAACACUAUUACAAGUCGCCCACCAUGAAUCCCGAAUACGACUACCUCUUCAAGCUGCUGCUCAUCGGUGAUUCCGGUGUCGGCAAGUCUUGCUUGCUCCUGCGGUUCGCCGACGACACCUACACAGAGUCCUACAUCUCCACCAUCGGUGUCGACUUCAAAAUCCGGACCAUCGAGCUCGACGGCAAGACGGUGAAGCUACAAAUCUGGGAUACGGCCGGCCAGGAACGGUUCCGCACCAUCACAUCGUCCUACUACCGCGGAGCCCAUGGCAUCUGCGUCGUCUACGACGUUACCGACAUGGACAGCUUCAACAACGUGAAGCAGUGGCUGCAGGAGAUCGACAGGUACGCCACCGAGGGCGUCAACAAGCUGCUCGUAGGAAACAAGAGCGAUAUGGCGGACAAGAAGGUGGUCGAGUACACAGUCGCCAAGGAAUUCGCCGACAGCCUCGGCAUCCCCUUCCUCGAGACCUCGGCCAAGAACGCCAGCAACGUCGAGCAGGCCUUCCUGACCAUGGCCCGCCAGAUCAAGGAGCGCAUGGGCAGCAGCAUCGCUACUAACAACACGAAAGCCAACGUCAAUGUCGCGCCCGGCCAAGGCGUCUCGAGCAACAACAACAACGGCUGCUGCUAA